AAGUUAUGCGUGGCAAAGAAACGAAAGCAAUAAAUUUCGAGCACUUCACAAAAGUUGCACUGCGUGGCUUGGUGUCAAUGCUUCAUCGCUUGACAUCAGUUCUCGAGUGCUGCCGCCGCGCAUUCAGUAAAAAGCUCAGCUAUUUUUUUUCUUUUUGUUCCUUUUUAUUUUAUUUUUCCGACGCGGAUUACGUAGCUUACCGCUGGUAGCAAAGCCUGGGUGGCCUGAGCUCGACGUCGCGCUAAUAUUUAAUGUGCGGCCUUCCUCAUUGCCGCACUUAUCUAGUGAGCCAACUGCACACUGAUACCACUGAAAUCAUAUUCCACUCGUUCCGUUAAGGAAAAAUAUAAAUGCGUGUAUAUAUCUGCUUUUGUGUGUGUGAGUACUUACGUGUGACAGCGCAGUCGAUGUUGUAACAGAACACGUGUGUGAAAGGGGGUGGAUGCGCGGAGAAACCGUUGGUUUUCUGCCAUUUCGAAAACUUGCUUCCAACAGGCCCACCGACAGUUGUGUAAAACGAGCGCCCGCAAGAAAAAUGCACCUAAAACAUUUCGUGCUUCGUGCGGUUAGACCUGAGUGGGUUAUUAAAGCCACACGGCAAAUGACAACAUCUAUUCCGGAAAUCCCACCAUGUGAUGUGAAGCCAAAGCCCUACCAGGGAAAACCAUGGGCAGAAAUUGUGGCCCUGCGAAAGCACCACUUGAAUCCAAGUCUGAACAGCAACCUCUGGUACAAGGAACCCUUGCUGUUCACACAGGGCCACAUGCAGUGGCUCUGGGAUCACAAGGGGAAACGCUACCUUGACAUGUUUGCUGGCAUUGUUACAGUCAGCGUUGGUCACUGCCACCCGAAAGUAGUUGCAGCUGCUGAGAACCAACUGAAGCAGCUCUGGCAUACAUCUAAUUUGUAUCUUUACCCCUCAGUGCACGAGUUUGCUGAAAAACUCGCUGCAAAGAUGCCUGGUGACCUGAAAGUGUGCUACUUCACUAACAGCGGCUCGGAGGCCAACGAUCUGGCUAUAAUGAUGGCACGGCUUUACACAGGAGCAUAUGACAUUAUUGCUCUGAGAAAUGCUUACCACGGCAUGAGCCCAUACUGUGCCAGCUUGUGUGCUGUUGGCAACUUCAAGCAUCACAUACCAUCCAGCUUUGGCGUAUUUCAUGCAAUGAAUCCUGAUCCAUAUCGAGGUAUUUGGGGUGGCUCCAAGUGUCGCGACUCCCCAGUCCAGGCAGACCGCACCUGUUCAUGUGGCACAGAAUGUGAAGCUGCCUCUCACUAUGCUAACCAGCUCAGUGAAGUACUACAGCAGUGUGUCUCCAAGAAGAGGGUGGCAGCAUUUUUUACUGAGAGCAUACAGGGUGUCGGCGGCUCUGUGCAGUAUCCAAGAGGCUAUCUUAAGAAAGCCUACAAUUUAAUCAAAAAUAAAGGCGGCCUUUUUGUUGCUGAUGAGGUCCAAACUGGAUUUGGGAGGACUGGUGACCACUUUUGGGGCUUUGAAAGUCAUGGCAUAAUGCCAGAUAUUGUGACCAUGGCAAAAGGCAUUGGCAAUGGCUUUCCACUUGCUGCAGUCGUCACAACACCUGAAAUUGCCAAAGCCUUGGAUGCAGCUAGCUUUUUCAACACAUUUGGUGGCAACCCUGUGGCAACUGCUGUUGGGUCAGCUGUUGUUGAUGUUUUGGAUGAAGAUGGCUGCAUGGAAAACAGCCGUGUGACUGGAACUCAACUACUGCAUGCCUUAGAAUUACUAAGGAAAGAAUACCCUGUGGUCGGUGACGUCCGAGGCAAAGGGCUCAUGAUUGGCGUGGAACUUGUGGAGAACAGGGAAACAAAAGUUCCUCUUGCAGCAACCAAAGUGAAUGCCAUCCUUGAGGACUGCCGUGAAAUGGGCCUUCUUAUUGGCAAGGGUGGUCAGCAUGGGCAUGUGUUGAGGAUCAAGCCACCAAUGUGCAUCACCGAGGCUGACGUGGCCUUCACGGCAGCAGUGCUCAGGACAGCCAUUGCUCGUGUUCAACAGCAGUGACGUAGACACUGUCAGUGCAAAUUCAAACAUGAACGAGUCAUUAACGACUAGAAUGUGUUGCUGCCUUUCCAGGUUCUAUGCAUCUUCAGUGGAUUAACUCAGGCGCCAAAAUGUAUGUUUGGGACUACACCAUGCUUAGUAGUACAUGUUGCUAGGCUUGUCAGUUCAUACUGAACAAUUUCAUACCAUAAAACCUAUGGCCACUUAGUGCAAAAUGGAAAUAAAAAGGGGGCGGUGCCUAGAAACUGGCUAUAAUGUGAUUGCAUGUCACACUCCCAUGUAAUUAAGUGUAAUGAUGAAUCUUUUUCCUUUUCAUAUUUAAAUUUAAGGGGAUGACACAAUUGUGAACAUGAGUACACCCGGGAUGUGCAAGUGAAACAGUGCACAUUCUACUGUGCAUAUUUGUGUUUUCAUGCUGUUCUGCGACAUGAUGCUUGUGACUAACUAAAUCGACACACUGUUAUGGUCGUUGGCGUGCCAACCAGCUACAGGUACGUUGCUGGCCAUUGAGAGUAGCCAUGUGUGCUGCCAAGCAGGCACUUCAAGCUUCAUGGCGAAGGGUAGCAUGCCUACAGCAUUCCUUUCACAGCAAAAUGCUUUUAAUAGCUUGGCUAAGUUUGGAAUAAAUUUUACGAAAGUGACAUGCAACCUGCCGAGGUGGCUCACUGGCUAUGGCAUUCAUGUACUGUGCAUUGGGUGCAGAUUAAAGAAACCCAGGUGGUCAAAAUUAAUCUGGAAUCCCCAAUUACAGCAUGCCUCAUAAUCAAAUUGUGGUUUUGGCUCAUAAAACACCAAAAUGCCAUUUUUAGUUGAAAUGACAUACCUUGGCUUCCUAGCAUGCACCCGUCAUCAUGUUGCUGCUUAGUGGUACCUUGCACUGUGUUCAAGGUCAAGCACCACAUUGCUGAACAACAGUAAUCCAGGCUUCAAGCACAGUAUGAGGAACAUGUACCCUUGGAUAGUAUUAAACCCAGCAGAUGGCACAACAAUGCAGUUCAGAUACUGCUAGCAUGCCCUGGGCAUUUUUGUUUGCCAUAGUACAUGGUGAAUGAAAAGGAAUAUCAAAUUUUUAAUAAUAUCUAAAGAUAACGAUGUACCUUGCUAAGUGGCAGAUAACAUAAUUGUAACUUAUUUUUUGCCAGAGGCUAGCUUCGUGGUCUUCACAAAUGACCUACAGUUAAUGGAAAAUUGCCUCUGCAAAAUACUGGUACAAACAGUUUUUACAGCAGCAUGCCCAGUAGUAACCUAGCCGUCUCAUAAAAUUUUGUGUCCAUGAAUUAUUUAGAAAUUUUACAUCUGAAUGGAAUUGCAAUAUAAUCUUAUUUUUAAAGUCAUCUGUCAAUCACAGCACAUAUCUGUAAAGCCGGUUAUCAGGUAGAUUACACACUCUCUGUUCCCCCGCUCUCUCUCUCUUUUUUCACUGCUAACAUUGUUUGUCAUUCUUUUGCAUUUACAUAGUUAUGCAUUAUAGUACUCGGCUUAGAAGGUCAAAAUUUGCACUUUGCAAAAUUUGCAGAGAUUACUGGUCUUUUGGUAUGCCUUCAUUUGAGUUUACCUACAGCUUGUUUAUUAUCAAAUGAAUUUUAACGUAUGCCCAUGUGUAUAAGUAAAGGAUCCCCUUCAUUUUUUGAACUCGCACACGCUGCAGUGUCACUGUUCUUUCCUGCUCAUGGUAUAUAGCUGUUCCUAAAUUGAUCUUUAUUUUAAAAAGAAGGUGACAUUUUGAUAAUUGGGGAGAAACUUGAAUUGAAAUGAGUUACAGGUAUCUUAUGUUUGUGUCUGUGAGUUCUCAUUAGAAUUGACUGACAGGGGGAGCGAAGCCUGAGAUGGUGUUACUCUGAAUUUUUGGCAAGCCACAAGCCUUGAAAAUGGCAAAACAGAAAGCUGUAACUGUAUUUUUGCACUGUUUUAGACUUGUGUCCACAUUACAUUCUUUAAUGGAAUAAAAAUUGCUUCCUUGGUGCCUUAAAAAAUCGUCUAAAGUUCCUCCCACUCUACUGCAUUGUAAAGUUGGCGGCUGCGGUAAAAUUAUGUGAGACUUCAGCUCUAAGAUCAUAAUGAAUGCAAUUAAGUUGAGAGAGAUGAAAAGUGUUAAUUUGAUAGUGUAAAUAUUUAUGUGCACACCUAAGUAAAACAAAGCUGUUCUUUGGCUAAAGUAGCAUUAAAAUUUAAUGAGUUCGAAUGGUUUAAUCUCCUUUGAAGGGCAACUUGAUCGGGCUAGUUGGUACAAAUCCAUGGUGGCAGGUAGUGCAAAAUUAACGGGGACACAGAAAUACAAAGCAGAAGCGCUAACUUUCACUGAACUUUAAUGCAAAAGGCGCUUACAUAUCAGUAUAUAUUAAGAAGGAAAGAAAGAAAUCCAUAUACAAGCAAAGAAUUUAGAUAUCUAGAGGGCAUACAAAACAGAAUUAGAUGAAUGGUGCUUUUCGUCUGACACAUGGCAUUAUAACUUGUCUGUGGAUUUAUUUCUUCUUCAUAUUUAUAUGCAAUUCCUUUUUGCAUCAACGUUCAGUUGAAGUUGGCGCUUGUGCUUCAUUGCUCCUGUGUCCCUGUUAAUUUUGCGCUACCUACCACCAUGGAUUCUUUGAAGGGGUCUUGCGACACAUUUUACAAGUUUAAACAUGUCUCAGGUAUGGUAGGGACCCACCUCGUGAAUCUUAUCCUACAAAACCUUUUCUGAAGUGCUGUAUACGAACGUAAUUAUGAAAGGCAAUAUGAUGCCCUUUGACUUCUUCAAAGCUUUUCUUCUCUUUCUGUCACUCCAACUACAAUGGAACCUGUGGCUAUCAGCCAGUGAAGGCUGGCCAUUUACAAAUCAUGCUGCACUUUUGCUUUUUUUAUCUAAAGUGGGUAAGCAUCCUAUGGGUGGUUUUAGGCGCCAAGCUUGCCAUGCUUCCUUACUUGGUUAGUUAUUUGAGCUGCACUAUCUUACAUUUAGUUGUGCAAUUUACCAAUCAUUCUGCUCAUGUAUGAUGUUUGAAAUAAUCCAGCCAAUGAUCAUUUGUUGGUGGUUUAUGCCACCUCAUCAUAAAGGACAUUAGAAUUUCACAAGGCAACAAGGAAGGACAAACAACCUGUUAAGCGAAAUCGUAGAUUCCUUGCCGUUUCAGUGGCAUCAAGUGUUAAGGAAGAAAAUGGGUAAACUAACUUCAAAACAUGUUGCAAGAGCCCUUUAAGGAUAUCUGAGCCAGGUGGUAAUGUUCAUCAAAGCAUCAAUGAAGUAAAAUUGUCGUUAAGUUAUUAUGCAUCAAGACAUUCAAAUUAAUACUGUAUUAUGCAGACAUGCUGCAAUUACCUAUUAAUUUUUACUGACUGGCACUUGGUGUUUAGUGGUAUUGUGUAGAUCACAUUUAGCGAUGCUUUAUGUGUCAAUUUCAAAUAACCAUUGUUUCUGACAUAUGGUUUACUGUAACCGGAAGUAUGAGAAAGGCACUAAGCGAACUUUCUCGCAUACUGUUUGUGUAUAGCAGACCUAUUUAUAUACAGAUGUCCACAGAUAUAAGUUUACGUUCAAUAAGUUGACCUGGACCACUAAUCAGCCCAUUGUAGUAGCCUGUAUCCCAGAAGAGCAGAAAUGGGGUCCAAUUUUUUACUGCGACAAGCAGUUAAUCCUUGGGAAACUAGUUUGGUCCUUAACAUGUAAUGUCAUGCUUAUUUCCCCCGAAUUUAAGUGGCUACCAUGGGUGAACAAGAAGAGAUGCGGAGAUAAGAUUUCAGAGGGAAAGAGUCAAAGAUCUGGAGAGAUUAAGUGCAGAAAUUCCAAAGAUAGAGUAAUUGAAGGUAAGGUGAAGAUAAAGCCUGUACAGAAGCUGUGAGAAAAUUGAUAUGAGGCCAAGACAGUGUAUUCUGCAAAUGGUACAGUGAAUACGAAGCCCAUAUCGAAACAUUGAGAAGCAGAAUGAGCGAGAAGUAACAAACAAAACAAAACCGAGAACUUCCAAGUGAAUUGCUUAAUAUGAUAAAUGACUCAAGGCUGCAAAAAGUCAGAAUGUUGUUAUUGAGCUCAGUGUCUUUGUGUCAUAUAGCAAUAGCUGAAUUAGUAAGCUUCGUGCAUAAAGGCAAGGCUUUAUCUACUCCAUGCAGGAUGUGUUUUAUGUUCUGUGCUUAGCAUACUUUCUGAAGGACCAUGGAGGAAGGGAAAAGCUAGGAGGGAGCAUUGUCCAACGUGAAUGAAGCUAAACCUGUUGGCCCAACAUGUGAUCGCACAUCAACGUGUGCGGUUGGUUUUAGUGUUCCUGCUCUGCAGGCAGAGCCACGGCAUGACAGCCGAACAAGCGCACACUGAAUAAAAACUACUGGCAUAGCUACUGGGAACCAAACGUCUCAACAUCUCGAUUCUUGCUCCGUGAUUUCGAUGCAAGAGGUCACGUGUUGGGCCACCACUGAGCAAAGGGCUGCUUCACGGAGCGUUCGCUUGCCAACACUGGCUGUGCGACAUAAUGCUCUCUCCUAACUUUUUCCUCCCUCCAUGUGCAGGACAAAGGGAUGGAUAAUAAAAUUGACCAACACUAAGCUAACAAUGGAAGUCUCGACCUGGAAUCAUUAGCCUAUAGCCAACGUUUCGAUGAGGAGGGUUGCCAAAUAACUUGACAAGGAGCCCUGGCGAAAAAAAAGUCCCCUUGUUGAAACGUUAGCUCCAGGCCAAGGCUUCCCUUUUUCAUCCACUGCUGAUUAGUAUACUUUGCAGUGAGUUACAGGAUAAGAAUGUGGCUGCAAGUGCACCUCAAAGAGAAUCUGUUUAUAUACACCCAGCAAACCGCUGUUGCUCGUUUUCAAAUCUGUUCCUAGUGAGUGCAGUGCAUGUGUUCACUCAUCACUACGUGAACUUGCUGACCUACCACCUGCCACAUGCUUGUGAGAUGUUCCUGCAGUACGAGGACCUCUGUCACCUUUGCAAUGUGGAGACCACUACUGCCACUGGUGAUGCAUCUGUGCUUGCAUGUGUAUAGUACACUCAGUACUAAGCGUCUGUAUUUUCCAAGUAUAUGAUUGCAUGAGUGGCAAAGGUAUGAUCACAAGUGUGCCCUUUUGUGAACUUUUUUUUUCCCUCACCAUCUGCAUUACCUUUUUCUACAGCUCUUUCUGGCUGUGUACAUGGCAUUGGCUUCAGUGUCCGUUGAGGUGCAAGCUAAAAAAAUUUUAUAUUUGAAGCAUGCUUCUUCAUAUACUAACAUGAGGCAUAUUCUCAAGGUGGAAAAUAAUCAAAGAAAACUUGCAUUACUAGUAGCAACAGUAAAAAUGGCUAUUAUUUAGGGAAUGACUUCAAGACUUCGAAGGGAUCAGGUAAAAAUAUUGUCAUAGACCUGCUAGUGAGAAGGGAGCUAGCUUCCCAUAUGUUGGACAGGAGCAUAUAAUGUGAGGGGUCAUUUAGCCAUGAAUGCAGGCCAUUUUAACCUCUCAUGCUGACCCUGGCUUGGGCAGCAUGGCGAUGCCUAGUAUAUGCUAUAUCCAGACAAGUUCAUGGCACUUUUGAUGAGUCCGUAGGUUUAUUGUGUUGAUGCCAGAAGGGGUGGGUAAUCUCCGAUUCGCUGGCUUUGCUGAUGCUGCUCUUGCAUCUCUUCCAACUUGUCCAUAAUGACACGCUGGGAUGAUAUUUGCAAAAAUAUGGUAUGUUGUCCAUGUGUAUUUUUGUUUAUUAAAUAUAAAUUUCAACAGCUGUC